AUGUGUAAGAUUGUAAACAGGGAGUGUGAGGCUAUCUGUCGACCUUCCUCCAGAAGCUUGUUUCGAGACUUCUCGUAUGAGGCGAUGUUGUCCUUCACUAUCAGCAGAACAGCUCAGGAUCUACAGACACAUACACCUACUCUCUGGAAACUGCUAAGGGCAGCCAUCAGCCAUGAUUCCAGCAUGAUGGAAAGAAGUAGCAGACAUAUUGCACAUGCAGUGAUGGCUUCAUCAUGUCUUUUGAAAGCUCGAAACAGAUACAUGUCGUCUGUGCAAUCUGUUGUCAGUGUUGUCCUGUUCAACUCAGGAGCCAAGAAAAGAGCUUACAACAGACUGAAUCAUUUGGGAAUCUCCAUGUCACACAAGAGGACUUUAAGAAAGAUUAGAGCAAUGGCCAAGAACUAUAACUCUGUCAUGCUGUCUUGGAAGGCGAGCAUAGAGAGCCAUGUUGCAAUACAGUCCUCCAUUCCAGAGGUUCGAUCUGUUGCAGGUUCUUUACCUGUUGCUACCUGUGUCUUGCCUGCUUUUGACAAGACAAAUUCUGACUUGAAUAGUUCUGAGAAUUCUCUGUCUUCUUCGUCAUCUUCACAUAGCGUGGAAACAGAGGAGGGCAAUGAUGAGAUGCAAGACCUGUCACAGAAAAGCUUUCAAGUCACAGGAGACAAUCUAGACAUUUCAAUUAAGACAAAGUACAUGUCCAUUGAUCGACGAAACAAGUCAUUGCACUGGUUUAAUGUUAUUGCUAGCAAUGAACGUGUCAUCAAUGCUGACCUGGCAACAUCAAGACCUAGGUGUUCAAUUUUGUCUGUCCCGGACACUGCUUUCCUGCCAUCAGUGCAAGAGAAUGAGAAGCUUCGUGAGGAAUUCGCAAUUUUGGUGGAGAGGAUCUUGGUCAAAUAUUUGCCUGCUUUUGCUCUCUUUGAAAACUACGUGUGUAAGCACAUCAUGCACAAGUUUUCCAAGGAAGCAAGCCAACAGUCUGAACAGCAUUGUCUGGGUCUCCUUCAGUUUGAUGAAAACAAAGACAUGCUUCAAAUUUUGACACAUAUCAGCAAAAUGUAUGUCCCUCAUUUUUAUAAAGAUCAGCGAGAAGAACGUAUUCCAGAAGCACCUUUGCAUCGAGUACAGUUUGGAGGUGAUCAGCUGACUGCUGAAAGAAUCAGGAAUUGUCAAAAAGCCAUCAUUAAUGGAUCAAGCCCAUUUGAGAGACUGGAAGGUGUCUUUACCCAUGCAGAAGAUUUCCAUUGCAUGAUGAAUUUUGUGAAUCUCAUCUUUGCGAAGUUCUAUGACUCUCGUAGCAUGAAGGAUGUGGGAACUAUGUAUCAACUACGAAACCAACUUGACAGGAGGGAUGUCGGGAAGGACACCACUAAACGCUAUAGAUCUUGCAAUGCAUUUUUGAAUGAUGUGCUUGAUGGUUAUAUUGUAGCUUGUGCUGUGGUCCAUUUUAACAUGCGAGAUGUGGAAGACAUUGCUGCUCCCGCAGGAAUGCCAAAGAUGGACAGAAGCUAG